AUGAAGUUCUCCGCUGUCACCCUUAUGGCCGCUCUGGCCGUGGCUUCUCCCACCAACACCAUUAACGCCCGCAACGAGCUUGCCCGUCGCCAGGCUGCCGAGGCUUGCAACAUUGGUUACUGCACACAGAACGGCGGUACCAAGGGUGGUGCUGGCGGUUCUACCGUCACCGUCAAGACCGUUGAUGAGCUUGUUGCUGCCGCCAAGCGCGAGGAGCCUUUGACCAUUAUUGUGUCCGGCAAGAUUUCCGGCAGCGCCAAGGUUCGCGUUUCCGCCGACAAGACCAUCAUCGGAGAGAAGGGCAGCUCCCUGACUGGUGUCGGUCUGUACAUCCGCCGCGUCAACAACGUUAUCGUCCGCAACAUGAAGAUUGGCGGCGUCAAGGCCUCCAACGGUGAUGCCAUCGGCAUCGACGAGGCCCUCAACGUCUGGGUUGACCACUGCGACCUCUCCGGUGACCUCUCCGGAGGCAAGGAUGACCUUGACGGUCUCCUCGACGUCUCCCACGGUGCUGACUGGAUCACCGUCUCCAACGUCUACUUCCACGACCACUGGAAGGGAUCUCUGGUCGGUCACUCCGACAGCAACGCCAAGGAGGACAAGGGCAAGCUCCACGUCACCUACGCCAACAACUACUGGUACAACGUCAACUCCCGCGCCCCUCUUGUCCGCUUCGGUACCGUCCACGUCGUCAACAACUACUACAACAAGCUCCUCCUCACCGGUGUCAACACCCGCAUGGGUGCCCAAGUCCUUGUCCAGAGCACCGCCUUCAACGAGUGCCCCGCCCGGGCUAUCUUCUUCGCCGACUCCAAGGAGACUGGCUACGCCGUUGCCGAGGACGUCGCCCUCGGCGGAUCUGAGAACUCUGCUCCCAAGGGAACCCUUACCUCCUCCUCGCUCCCCUACAAGAUUGCUGCUCUCGGCUCCUCCAAGGUCGCCGGUACCAUCCCUGGCACCGCUGGCCAGAAGCUUUAA